AUGGUCAACAAAAAGAACAAAAACCUAGUGGCACAGAUCGCCACCCAUGGCCCAACCAAGGAACAGCAGCGCAUCGCCCGCCGGGUCCAGCAGUACGACGAGCUCACGAGGAGGGGCCAACAGCAGCCCCUGCCCGCCGACAAGGACGCCGGGACGAGGGUGAAAAAGUCAGCACCGACCAAGCACGACAGAAGGAUCAGCCGCGCAUGCCAGCACCACGUGAAGCUGGCCCGGAGAGAGGUCCGCUGGGCCAACCGGGGCAACAUUGCGGCCCUGCUAGACGCGACCAGAAGCAGCAGGCCGGACGCCACCACCACCACCACCACCACCACUACCACCACAGAAACUGGAACUGAGACUGGAACGGAACAUCUAUUUCAGUUUUGCGGCAACAUCAUCACCGCCCAGGACGAGGACGAGGACAAGGCGAUCCAGGCUGCCGUAGAGGCUUCUGCCGCCCCUUUCGACCCGUACCGCCACUUCCUGUUCGCCAGCGGUACAUGCGGGAAGGUAAAGGGCGUUAAAAAGCAGCCGGGAGCGACCACCACUGGUGCUGCGACUAUAUUGAGACGAGCUGUUGCUGCGGUCGUCUGCAAAACCGCCUCUGGAAGGAGCAGAAACGAAGGUGGCGACACGGAUGCGGGCCACACCUGGGAGGAGAAGUCGUUUAGCAUGAACCUAUCACCCGGCAAUUCUACAACCCAGGGCAUCGAAGUCGGCCUGAGAUCCGUCGCAGAGGCGCUGGCGCUUGUCGCCACACAGGUGGCAUGUACGAGGGACGAGGGCAUGUCGCACGACAACAACUUGCACAUGCGGCCGAAAGUAACGGUUUUCACCGACAGUCGGGCUGUCGUGGCCAAGAUAAGCAAAAUCAACCUGACGGCACAGCAGCUGAAGAGCGCGCCUUGGGUAGAGAAGCUGAUGACAAGGUCAGAGUACCUUCGCCAUCUCGGGGUAGAAAUCGAGUUGCGUUGGAGCCCUUGUCUCCAGUCCGAAGGUACUAAACGAGCCAAGAGGGCCUCUCGGAGGGCAGCAAAAUCACAUGGGGCCUGUGUUGACAGCGUCGACCAAGAUCUGCAGAUUUUGGUUGACUCGUUGGAACAAGAAUGA